CAGCGGCAACUGCUCAUGGAAUAAAAGUAACAAAUUAUCACUUGACGUUAUUAGCGUACCAGGCGGAGAGUGUGUGUGACAGUGUGGGGGUAGCAACGUGGGAGAGGAGCCCCGGGAGCGUGGGAGAGGAGCUCAGGGAGCGUGGGAGAGGCGGCCAGUGGUGGGAGAGUUAGAGCCUCUCCUGCAUGGUGGUGUGUGUUGUGUGGGGUUAAUAAUGGUGGCUGUGGGCAGGCAGGAGCGCCCCUAACACACCAACCCUGGGCCUGGUGGCCCUGCUGGAGACGCAGACAUGUCGAGCAGAUUAGACCGAUUGUUCUUGCUGUUGGAAAAUGGAGGAUCAGGAGUCACCCGGCAGGCGGCAGCUCAGCAGCUGGGUGAAGUCGUGCGUCUUCAUCCAUAUGAACUCAAUUCCCUCCUUAAUCGUGUUCAUACAUACCUUAGUUCAAAGUCAUGGGAUGUCAGGAUUGCUGCUGGGCUUGCAGUUGAGGCUAUUGUCAGGAAUGUGCCACAGUGGAACCCUCAGCCAUUGCAGGGUGAACGGGAGUUCCAAGAGGAAGAUUACACUAAACCAAGACUAUCGCUUGGCGCAUUCAACCUUGCACACGUACUUCAAAAGGGCUCGUACCUCAUGGCUGCAGAUGAAAAACUAUUUGAGGCGGAGGAUGAAAAUAUGCCUCUUAAUCCUGCAGAUAGACUUGCCUGCCAGCGUCGGCUAGUGAACCAGCGGCUUGGGUUGGACAUUGCUGAGGCAAUGGGAAUAAACACUGAGAGUAUAUUUACAAAUGAAGACCUGGCUGAGUCUCAGGUUGAAGAAAUGACUCCUGUCAAUGGCCAGGGAAAGGAUUCUGUUAUGAGCAUUGUUAAAAGGGAAAUGAAAUCUGCUGGACUGGUUUUAAGUUCAAGAGAGCUGAAUCGUGCUAGAAGAAAAGCGAAGUUAUUGGCUAAACAAAAAUCUGUGGAUGUAUCUGAAUGUACAACUGAUGAAGGCCCUGAGAAGAAGCGUGUCCGUAUGGCAAGUGUGGUGAGCAUGGAACAAGCCGGUAGUGAUGAUGAUGAACGAAUGGUUGUGGAUGAAGGGCCAGUUGGUCUCAACAUUUGUGAUGAGGGUUGCGAGUGGCCCUUAGAGAAUUUGUGUGAUACCCUUGCCACAGAUUUGUUUUGUCUUGCAUGGGAGACCCGUCAUGGAGCUGCCACAGCACUCAGACAGAUUAUCAGAGUUCAUGGUGAAGGUGGUGGGAAGACAACGUGCCAAACAAAAGAACAGAUGGAACAGAGCCAUCAGGCCUGGCUAGAGGACAUGGCUGUGAGGCUCAUGUGUGUGUUAGCUCUAGAUCGUUUUGGUGACUUUGUAUCGGACCAAGUUGUGGCACCUGUCAGAGAAACAUGUGCGCAAGCGUUAGGAAGUAUACUGGUGUUGCUGAAAGAAGAUGGUGUUUACAGUGCUCUGGCCCUGCUGGAGACCAUGUUGUCAUGGAGGGAGUGGGAAGCUCGGCACGGAGGAUUGCUGGGUCUCAAGUACCUCUUGGCUGUUCGAGACGACUUGAGAGCGAGACUCUUCACUCAUACUUACCCUCACAUCUAUAGAGGUUUACUGGACGAGAUGGACGAUGUGGUAGCUGUGGCUGCAUCGUGCCUUGUACCAGUGGCAGACAGUGUGGUUGAAUUGCUGGAUAAGCAGUUGGUGAUGAAGCUGGUGGCCACACUUUGGGAUGCCUUGUUAGAUAUUGAUGACCUGACAUCAUCAACUAAUUCUAUAUUAAUGCUCCUUGCCAAGCUGCUGGGACAUCUGGGUAACAGUGACAGCGUAACGAGCAACCUUAGUGAACUGGUACCCCGUUUGUGGCCAUUUUUGUACCACAGUAGUAGCUCUGUCAGAGGCUCGGCUUUGAAGACCCUGGAUACACUUACAGCAUUUAAUAGUCUACAAAAUGUCUCAACUAAUACAGUGCCUUCACUUAAUGUAAAUAACAAAAUGUCUGGAAAUGAGGUAUUGCAAAAGGACAAAUCUGAGCAAUCUGAACAAAUAUUGAAUACAAAUAUUGAUAUUAAAAUCGAAGAUAACUCUGAAAUGUUGGGGGAAACUGAAUCAUUAAACUCUAAAGUAGAAGUAGAAAAUAUACAACAGAAAGUUAAAAUAGAAAAAGAAAAUAUAUCGAAUGCAAAUGAAGAUGAUAACAUGAAAUUAGAUACAGGGAAGUGUGUUAAGUUAGGAUCCACCAAAAAUGGAGACAUUGGCAUCUUAUCACCAGUUACUAAAGUGAGGGAAGAUAGUCAGACACAAUCAACGAUCACAAAAAAAGAAUUGAAGAUGGAAACAAAAUCUGUGAACAAUUUGCAAAGUACUCUCACAGUAAAAGAAGAAAUAUCCAUAAAAUCAGAAGAAAUAUCCAUAAAAUCAGAAGAAAUUGAUUUAGAAAAUCCUUUGGAAAGUAAAUGUUUGAGCGAAACGGUGAGCGAGUCGACACCGUCAACCGAGGCCGGAGCCAAGACAACUGGUGAAACAUCUUGCUUCUGGCUGAACUCCAUCAUCCAGCCAGCGUUGUCACAUGUAUAUCAGAGAGCUCUGUUGGAAAAAUCGGCUGAUAACCUUAACAUGGUAUUCAAGAUUUGGCAGCAGAUGGUAGGGAGUGUGCCUCUUGAAGCUCUCCUGCCAGCAGUGUGCCCCAUGGUCUCCAGCUGGCUGUUUCUCACCAUGACCAACUGUAAAGUGCCACUAGAUGCAUCACUGCUGCUGCUUGCUCAUCAUCAUAAGUCAGGUGAGGGACGGAGAUUGCGUGGUACUGCUCAAAGUGAUCCAGCGGAUAGACCAGAGAUAAAGUUUUACUUGGGGGGCUGCGACCAGUCGAGUGAUGCAUUGGAGAAACAAGAAGUCACAGUCAGGGCUGUGUGUGCUGCAACAAAACUUCUUGGUUGUCUUUCCCAGUAUGUGAUUAAGCCCAUGCCUGGUGUUGAGUAUCCACCCGAGGAAACACCAGAUCUGUGCUACGUUCGCCUUCUUAUUGCCCAUCUCAGUUCGCGAUCGGCUGUACAACGUCUUGGGGCUGGGGCAGUAGUGCGAGAAUGGGCAUCAAUAUGUCCCGAGCAAGAAUGUCAUCCCCAGCUACAAAGUGUGCUGCAUACUUGCCUUACGGAAGUGGUGUACUAUGAUGAAAUUGCUUUGUCUUUUACAAGAUUACAACAAGAAACGCGCGAUUUCAUGGCAAUGCUGAGACACUACAAGUUACCCCUGGACGAGUCCUUUGCCUCGGCUCCUGUCCUUACACUGGAGCAGAUUCAGAAUCUGAGUGGACACGUAGCACUCACUCUGUUCUCUGGAGGCCGCCUCAGACCUAAGGUCCACAGCACGCUGGAGGAGAGACGCAAAGCCAUCCAGAGCAGUGUCUCCCAAACCUCCACUGACCAAAUUACUUUGGCUACGACGACUCAGGCAAUAAUCUCCGGUGCAGUUGUACGAUUUAAAAUUCUUCCGCCUAAGCUCAACCCUGUUAUCAAGCCACUAAUGGAUAGUAUUAAGAAAGAAAAAAAUCAACAGCUACAGACUUUGGCCGCCGAGGACCUUAGCAAGCUUUUAGAGCUGUGUGUUGAUCGGUCAACAAGUCCAAAUGGUAAAGUGAUUAAAAAUCUCGCAUCUUUCCUCUGCGUCGAUCAAGAGUACACUCCUAAGAUCAAGCAACAGGAAAGUGAUAAAUCUGGAACCAGUAGCACAGCUGGCAGCAAAAAGGGUGUACUCAGCUUGUCUUCACAAUUAAAGAAUGCUGAGCGCCAGCUGUUGCGUCGUAGUGCUUCAGUGAGUGGUCGGGGACCUGGCAGACCUCCAGGUCGUCCUCCAGCCAAUGCAAAGCGUGAGGAUCCUGCUGAGGUUACUGAAGCAAUAAUAGAAAACGAGAAUCAACAGUUGGCUGCGAUUCAGAGACGGGGGUGUACAGUCGCCCUUCAAUGUAUUACUAACUAUUUUGGGAAAGAUUUGCCACAGAAGAUACCUCAGUUGUGGGACCUGAUAUGCAAUCCUUUCAAGAGUGGUGUUGACUGUGACCCAGCACUAGAGAUGGCUCAGGAGGCUGUCAACUGGCUGCAGCUCUUGGAGGUGGUUGUGCCAGCUCUCCAUUCCCAUCUGGUCUCUCAGCUUGAGAGCAAGCUUCCCUUGCUUGAGCACUGGCUAUACCACCCAUUCUGUGCUGUUCGGCACAUGGCCAGCAGAGUGAUGGGAGCUCUGGCUUGUGUCCUUACUGUGCCCACCAUGUCCCAUGUGGUGGAGAAAGUUGUACCUUGCCUCGGAGCCAUUGAUGAUGACAGCAAGAGACAAGGAGCAGUGGAGUGCAUUUUUGCUGUUAUUGAUUGCCUGGGGUUUAAUGUUGUGCCUUACAUAGUUCUUCUUAUUGUGCCUUUAUUAGGUCGUAUGAGUGAUCAAGACUGCAGUGUUCGUCUCAUGGCGACACACUGCUUUGCGACACUGAUCCGACUGCUGCCGCUGGAAGGUGGUGUUCCUGACCCUCCUAGUCUGAGUGAAGAGUUGUUGCAACAGAAGAUCAGAGAGAGAGAGUUUCUGGAGAAGCUUCUUGAUCCCACAAAGAUUGAAAAUUAUAAAGUUCCUGUGCCAAUUUAUGCCGAAUUAAGAGCAUAUCAGCAGAAUGGCGUUAACUGGUUGGCAUUUUUGAAUCGGUACAAGCUCCAUGGAAUACUUUGUGAUGACAUGGGUCUUGGGAAAACUCUUCAGUCUAUAUGUAUCCUUGCUGGAGACCAUUACACUAAAGAGGAAGAGCGUCAAAAGUCUGGAUGUAAAGGCACCACCUUCCAGUCACUUGUGGUAUGUCCACCUACCCUAACAGGCCACUGGGUGUACGAGGUUCAGAAAUUUGUGCAUCGCAAAUAUUUAAACCCUCUUCACUACACUGGUCCUCCUAAUGAUAGAUACAGACUGCGAUUCUUGUUUCCCCGUCAUAAUUUGAUCGUGGCUUCUUACGACAUUGUCCGCAAUGAUAUAGACUUCUUUUCAAAAAUUAAGUGGAAUUAUGUCAUAUUGGAUGAAGGACACAUUAUCAAGAAUGGGAAAACAAAGUCCAGUAAAGCCAUCAAGCAACUUGUAGCUCACCACCGUUUGAUUCUCUCUGGUACUCCUAUUCAAAAUAAUGUUUUAGAGCUGUGGUCGCUCUUUGACUUCCUCAUGCCGGGUUUUUUGGGCACCGAGCGUCAGUUCAUGGCACGUUACUCCAAGCCAAUCCUGCAGUCUCGAGAUACCAAGAGUUCCAGCAAAGAGCAGGAAGCUGGUGUUUUGGCCAUGGAAGCCUUGCAUCGUCAAGCACUUCCUUUUCUUCUCCGGCGAAUGAAGGAGGACGUGUUGAAGGAUCUACCUCCCAAGAUUACACAGGACUAUUAUUGUGAAUUAAGUCCACUGCAAGAAGAGCUGUACGAAGACUUUGCCCGUACCCAAGCCAGUCAAAACAUUAGUGAAUCACUACGAAGUUCAGAAAAUGGACAGGAUGAGCAAGCACCAAAGAAACACGGUCAUAUAUUCCAGGCAUUGCAGUACCUUCGGAAAGUGUGCAACCACCCAAAACUGGUACUCAAGCCCCGGCAUCCCGAGUAUAGUCGUAUCUCUGCCAAGCUCAAGAAUUGUAAUUCAACACUGUCUGAUAUAUCCCACUCAGCUAAACUGCCAGCACUUAAACAGCUGCUGGUGGAUUGUGGUAUUGGUGUGGGCGGGGGGCUGGCAGCAGAGGCAGUGGUUUCCCAGCACCGAGCUCUCAUCUUCUGCCAGCUGAAGGCUAUGUUGGACAUUAUUGAAAAUGAUUUGCUCAAGGCACAUCUUCCAACUGUGACGUAUUUAAGACUGGAUGGCUCAGUGCCAGCUGGAUCAAGACAUGCACUUGUCCAGAGGUUCAACAGUGAUCCGUCUAUCGACCUGCUGCUCCUUACCACGCAAGUUGGUGGUUUGGGGCUCAACCUCAUUGGAGCUGACACAGUAAUCUUUGUGGAGCAUGACUGGAAUCCAAUGAGAGACCUGCAAGCUAUGGACCGGGCUCACCGCAUUGGUCAGAAGCGUGUGGUCAACGUGUACAGACUGAUCACAAGAGGAACCCUGGAAGAGAAAAUUAUGGGGCUACAAAAGUUUAAGGUGAUGACUGCAAACACAGUUAUUAGCCAAGAGAAUUCCAGUCUACUUAGCAUGGGAACAGAUCAGCUUCUGGAUCUCUUCACCUUGGACUAUGGUAAAGUUGAUGGUAGUCAAGACUCUGUGAACGCCAGUGGUCGAAGCAGCACAUCGUCUCAGGCUCUUGGUGUGGGCACGACAGGAGCCAAAGCUGCCCUGGAGAAUUUGCCUGAACUCUGGGAUCAAGAUCAAUAUGAGAAUGAGUACGAUCUUGACUCCUUUAUUGUGUCUCUUAAAAAAUAAUUUGGAAAUCUCAUUUGUAAGUUAUACAUUAUGCAUAAUAAUUAAACCAAUGAGUAUUUUAUUGGCAAGAAUAAUACAAAGCUCCCAGCCUUAUUACACACUAAUUUAGUUGUAAAUAAUGAUUUGAAGCACCAUAUUUGAUAUGUACAAAUUCUCAUCAUAAAAGGUCUCGUAAAGUGACAUCAACUCAUCUGGCAAGCUUUUGAAUUUUAACAAGCCUAUAUUUAACUUUUCCAGAAAUUUUAUACAAGAUGAGGAAGUGUUCGUAUUAAAAAGUAUAUUUUCAUCGUUUAUAAUAGUGAAUACUGUAAUGUUUUUUUUAUAUAACAAAGGUUAACCAUCAUUGACGAAAUAUUGAACAUAAAUGACAAACUUUAUAUAUAUGCCACGUUUAAAGAAGGCAAUAUUGAACUUUUUGUCCAUUUCUGAAUAUUUCCAAAAACUUCAGGUACAUAGUUACAUAUGCAAGCACUUAUUCCUCUGUGAUGUGUAAAUGUGGGCCGUGUAAGUGUUGCCGCUAGCACACUUCACCGCCGGAUGAGUACCGAGGUUUUGUGCGAGUGUGUCACUUUAUGUUGCGUUCUGGAAAUUUAUCCCCAAAGGGCUUAUGGCUUAUGCAUUUACAGUUAUUGUAUUAUAUAUUGCCAAGAUAUUACUGUAAUUAAUGUGGGAGAAUAGUUGAACAAAUGUAAAUGUAUUUAACGGUUCAUAUUUUGGUCUAUUGUGAGAAGUUAAUGUCUAAGAAUUUUUUUCUUGUUUUACAUAUUUCAAAUGAACAAAUAUUUGCUCAUUUCUUAUUUGAGUAAUUACUAGGGAAUAAUUUACAUGAUUAUUUAUAACCUUAAUUAUUUUUAGUUUUAAGAUUCUGAUAUUUUCACAAAUUAGUUUAAAAGUAUUUUAAGAAAUUUAAUUUCUAACGUGAUUAUAAAUGUAGCCCAUUGUUAGAAGGUACAGUACGGUGGACUUUUAUAUAAUGCAUCAGUUACAUUCCUGAGAAAUGGCAUAUUAUAAAUUAAUGUGGUGUUUGCACUGAAUAACUAGCAGCAGCAUCAUUGACCAGACUGUGAGCUGGGAGGCCUGGUCAAGGGCAGACUGUGGGACCGCUGGGGCUCUGGGAGCAGCGCAAGGUAACCACGUUACUACAUGCGACACACUUGUACACUGCAUUAUAGGCAUACUCUGAUUUAAAAUAGUGUGUAUAUUGUAUGUUUUUUUGAGUGUGUUGGCAAGGGUGAGUGUAGGUGUAAUUACCUAAGUGCAGUUACAGGAUGAGAGCUGUGCUCAUGGUGUCCUGUCUACGACUCUCUGAAACUGCUGAUUAUUUUAGCAUCUACCAUCUUCUCACUUAAAUGUAAAUAUGGUUAUAAUACCGGUACUGUACAGUACAUCUAUAGGGAUGUAAUGGCGUCAAACUACACCCCUGACGGAAUUCUGCUAUUAUUUUUGAAUUGCUUGGUAUGCAAUAAGGUUAUUGUGUACUAGCUGCCAUGUGAUUAUCAUCAAAUCACAAUUGAAUAUUUCACAGUGGUGUUUAGCUCUAUUUCUGAACAACAUUCCCAGGCAGACUAGCAGCAGUGAAGUGGAUUGUAAGACAAUACCUUUGAGAUGUACCAGGAAUACAUUCACGUGCAGUGUAGGGGGUACAGUACUCAAUCCCUAUGUUUGUCAAUUAUGAAUAAAUAGAUAGUUAUUCCGUAUUUGUGUAAACACGAGUAAGAAAAGAGUGAACAUAUAUACUAUCUAACUUGCACAUCACAGCUUUCUCCCUUGUAUGAUGAGUCGGCAAAAUUGUAUCUCCAAGAGUCCAUGGACCCUAUAACACCCUCUCGCUCUUCUUCCAAUGUUUCCCAAACCAGGAAAGAUGUAAAUUUGUGGGAUUUUUAUUUUUUCCUCAUUUUGUGUAUGCAGAUGUAAUAAUUACAGUAUAUGCAACUAUUUUGUUUAAGAUAAGGUGAUAUUUUUGAUGAUAGCCACAGUUAGAGGACUAAAUGCAAUUUUGAAGUUUGUAAGUGUAGCAUAAGCUCCUCACAGUGCCUUUGAGUGUUCCUCUGGUGUCAGUUUACUAUCCAGAACCAUCUCUAGACCUCUUUAUCAAAGUUCUUUAAUAUCUUUUCACAUUGCUUGUAGGAUAUUUGUGGCCUAUUUUCCUCUAUUUCACAUUUCAUUGUGGCAUUUGUCUACAAUAAAUUAUAUCUGCUGUGUGUUGCUCCAUUUAUUUUGUGUAGGUCAUUAUGAAGGGCCUGGCAGUCAUCCAAGUUUGUGGAUGUAACCUCACAUCACUAUCAUUGUUUUAAAUAUUUUGACUUGCCUACUCCUCAGCUGGUGAGCAGUGACAAGCAGUGGACAUGUUUUAAGUUUCUUGUGUUCCACCUCCACUGUCUUUCUUCAUAAACUGGUAUAUGUGGUAGAGUUCUUUUUCUUAAAAAAAAAAAGAGGAGGGGAACUAACGAUAAGUGACAUACAAAACAUAUACCACAGAUAAACAUUGUCUGCCUGUCUCAUGUCAUUUGUAUGGGACUGCAUUCUGCCACAGUUAAGGAGAUUAAUGUGCCAUGCCAUUCUAAAUUUUCUAAGCAUUGCUCUACACUUUAGGGCACCAGCUCAGUUUGCUUUCUCUUCCUAUGAAUAACAGUUGGGAGGUGGAGAGUGUGAGUGUGUGUGUGCGCUUGUGGGUUGGAGAGAUUUUGUUUAUAAAAGAAAAUGAGAAGAGAGACACAGUUAGACAAUUUCUGACACACUUGAGUCACUGAACCAAAGGACUAAGGAGGGAACCUAGCUCCUAGUGGCUGGGCUUGAGUGAACACAUGAGCAUGCUGUGAGUCAGUGUGCUAAAUUAUAUGCCAUGUUAAAAAUUUGCUGCAUAAAUAUGCAUUAUAUAAGGGUCCACUGUAAGAGAACUUGGGUUCUCACCCAGAUAUUAGGGUUGUAACCAGUAAUUUAGAAGAAAAAAGAAACUGGGAAAGUGGGUUGUGAGGUUGGUUUGAGGUCACUCCCCAUUCCUCCCAUACAUUGAAAGAUGUAAGUGUUGUUCCUAAUACCGCUACAGUACCAAGAAGAGUCAUUUCCUGCACUUGACCUUGUCCAGGUAUAUAUGAUGAGCCGCCUAAAAUAACAUUCUUGUUAUUAGAUCUUACAAAAUGUAAUGUCCAAGCUUUGAUGAACGAAUUGUUGAUGCAAGAAGCUUGGUGUUAGUGAUGGUGUGGUUGUGUGCGGGAGGACUGUAAUAUGGACCACAUUAUUUAUGUCACUUUUUCCCACUUGCUUAACAGUGUAAAGCUAGUCGUCCCCAUUUAGUACUUAAACUGUUGCUCAUAUUCAAGCAAGUAACUCACAAAGUUUGAUUUAAAUUUCAUGGUACAGGUAAUAUUUUUUCUGUUAUUCCUAGCUUUGGUAUACUUUUGUUUUUCUCAUUUUCCAAUGAAUGUAAUUUUAAUAUUUAUCUGCUGUAAUUAUCAAAUGUUAACUUGUAAGCCAUUUAUGAAAAGAGAAUAAUAUAUAUGAUACCAAGAAUGUAUCAUGAUGACUCUUAAAUUCUGUAACAUUAUGAUGUCAGUCUUUCUUAUUCUAAGUAUUAUAUAUACAGUAUAUGGCUAUAUGUGUAUAUUGGUAUUUGCACAUAUAUUGCAGGCAUAAAGAAGCAUGGUACAGGUAUUGUUUAUGCAGUUAAUGUAAACAUCAUUGUUUGCUCUCCAGGUUUGUUAGCUAGCUUUCUCGAGUGAUUGCGUUCAAAAUGGACGUAAACUUAUGACUGUUUUAACUAGUGGUUUUUUCCAUUUCAGUGACAUUUAUUACUUAUAAGUAUUAAAGAUUUUGUUAAAUUCCU